CACACACGUCACACACACGCGUAGAACAAUUCGUGUGCGCGUCGCUGCUGGUGGAACCGAAUCUCACCAGCUCUACACAACGACGACGACGACGACGGCGGCGGCGGUAAAUAUACACACGGCACAGAUACCGCGACGUUAAUAUUAUUACGGUCGUCGGUUGUCUCGCGCGUACGCGUUUUCACGGCACACGGUGGUUCGGGCGUAACGCGUUUCACGUACACGAGACACACACGGUUCGCGGUCGUCGACGCACACUCCUAAACACGACGACAAGAGCAUCGACAGCGACAGCACCAUCAAUCACAGAAUCGUCGCAAAAUGGCGUUGAAACGUAUCAAUAAGGAACUUCAAGACUUAGGCAGAGACCCACCAGCACAAUGCUCCGCUGGACCCGUUGGAGAUGAUUUAUUUCAUUGGCAAGCAACAAUUAUGGGACCACCGGAUAGCCCAUACCAAGGUGGCGUGUUUUUCUUAACUAUCCAUUUUCCUACGGAUUAUCCAUUCAAACCUCCAAAGGUUGCAUUCACUACUAGAAUUUAUCAUCCGAACAUUAACAGUAAUGGUAGCAUUUGUCUUGAUAUUCUACGGUCUCAAUGGUCACCAGCAUUGACCAUAUCAAAAGUUUUGUUGUCAAUUUGCUCGUUGUUAUGUGAUCCAAAUCCAGAUGAUCCGCUUGUUCCUGAGAUUGCUAGGAUAUAUAAAACAGACAGAGAAAAGUACAACGAAUUAGCCAGGGAAUGGACCCGCAAGUAUGCAAUGUGAUGGUUGUUUCAAAAUAUGUUGCCUGUCCGCCCGUCAUCAGAUAAACAUUCUUUUUUUUUCGCCCUGUACAACUUCAAAAAGAUCAAUAAAUACACUUUCAAUCUCCAACUCAUCUGGUAAAAUAAAAAUUAUGGCCACCUUAUGGAAAAAUACUUUUUAGUAUGAUUUGGAAAACAUUUUAUUUAUAAUGCCUAAACAUAUACUUUUUUUUUUUACUUAUCACUUUGUCAAAAAGUUAAAUAUUGAAUGUGUAAGUGUCUCAUAAUAUAGAGAACAAAUUUAAAAUAACAUGGUGUUUAUUUAGUAGUUAACUUUAAUAAUAAUGCAUAUUAUUUUUUUUUGGGAUAAAAGUGUAAUAUAUUCAUGUGCUGGUGGCGAUUGAUAACUGCCUUUUUACCUACCCUUAAAUAAUUAUAAUAUAUAUAGUUUUUCAUUAUUAUUUAUUUUAUUAUAUUUUUAACUCAUUUUUUAAUAGUUAAUAAUCUACUUAUUUCAAAUUUAAUAUUUUUUGUUUGUAUGCAAAUUAAAAUACCUUGGUUAAUUGACCAAUAUUAUAUUAAUCACCAUCAUAAAAUUGCAUACUAAACUCUGAGAUAAAAUGAUAAUUUCUUUUUUUUAUUUAGUAAGAACGGUUUCAUUUCACUUGCAACAUUCAGUUAUUAGUGCUCAUAGAUUAUAAUUUGUAUAAUGUUAUUUUAAUAGCCUAAAAUGUUAAACAUUCUUAAUUUACCACAGAUAUUCUAAACUGUUACCAUUGCUGUGAUAAUUAUAGAUGGUACAUCUAGUUGCAAACAAUGGGUCUGUUAUUCAAAUUUCAAACUUAAAUCAGUUUAAUAUAAAACUGAUUUGCAACAAUUUUUCGACAAUACAUUUAGCCAAAACAAUAUUGAAUAUUUUAAUACUUUUAACAUGCUAAACAACAAAUAAAAUUAUGUUUUAUUAAAUAAACAAUAAGUCUUAAAUGGUUUAAAAAUUGAUUUAAUUCAACUGAAUUAUUAUUAAUUAUUUCAAUUAACUAUUAUUAUUAUAAUUUUUUUUUUUUUUGUACUGAAUGAAACAUCCUAUUUUGUUAAGUUGUUUGUUAUGAAUUUUGAAAACUCAGUAUUCAAUUUGCAGUGAUGUAAUGCACAAUGCAGAAUAUGUUACAAGAAAUUAUUUAGGUGGUAUUCCUUAUUGUACUAUGUUUACUCAGUCAAUAAAUUGAAAAGAAGUUUUCCCAUA